AUGCCAGGUUUAGAAGAAAGUAUUUUACACGAUAGCAGUUCACCCUCAGAAAGCCUAAUGUCCGAUGGAAUUGUCUCUGAGCAAGUGAAAAAAUUUUUAUUCACCUCUCGUAAAACUCAGGAUAACGUAGAGUGUAACGAGAGCUUAGAGAUUUACAUACCAGAGUUACUUCAGGCCAGUUAUAGUUUUUACACGUGGCCUUCUGCACCGAUAUUGGCUUGGUUUCUUUGGGAGCACAAGGAAGAGCUAAUUGGUAAAAGAGUUUUAGAACUUGGAUCUGGUACAGCACUUCCUGGAAUUUUGGCUAGCAAGUGCGGUGCUAUUGUAACUCUAAGCGAUUCUGCUAGUCUUCCCAGAAGUCUUCAACACAUAAAGAGAAGUUGUGAGCUAAACGGCAUUUUAUCCCAAGUUCAGAUUGUUGGUAUUACAUGGGGGCUAUUUCUAUCUAGUUUAUUUUCAAUUGGACCAUUGGAUUUAAUUCUUGGAUCUGACUGUUUCUAUGAACCGUCAGUAUUUGAGGACAUAGUUGUUACAAUAGCUUUCUUAUUAGAAAGGAAUCCAAAUGCAAAAUUCCUUUGUACUUAUCAAGAGCGAAGCGCAGACUGGUCUAUAGAACAUCUGUUGAACAAAUGGAAUCUCACUUGUUCUCACAUAUCAUUGGACGGACUUGGUACAGAUUCUGAUAUAAAUAUUUAUGACUUAAUGCAGGACCACACUAUUCACUUGUUAAAUAUACAACGUGCAACUUAAGAAAGUUCUGUCAUGAGUUAUCGAUAUAUCAUAAGAGUAUCUAAUAUUCCAUGGAAUAUUGCACACUAUGACU